AUGGCAAUGAAAGCAGUAGUCUUCCGGGGCGCCUUUGAUGUUGGCGUUGAAACGAGACCCAAGCCAAUUAUUCGCGAUCAAACAGACGCCAUUAUUCGGGUCAAAUUAGCUGGAAUAUGUGGAAGUGAAUUGCAUAUGUAUCGUGGCCACCAGAAGACAGCUACUGGUCACAUUAUGGGCCAUGAAUUCAUUGGAAUUAUUGAUCAGAUAGGCUCAGAUGUGAGCAAAUUUGCAGUUGGUGAUGAAGUUGUUUCUAUAUUCUCCCCCGUCUGUCUGAGAUGUUGGUAUUGUAAACAGGGACUUACCAACCGAUGUAUUGAGGGCGUCGCCUUUGGAACCCAAAAGCUCGAUGGCGGACAGGCCGAGUUCGUGAGAGUACCCUUUGCGGACGGUACUCUGCAACUUGUUCCAGCAGAUUUGGAUAAGUCUCUGCUAAUUAUGAUGUGCGACAUCUUUCCAACCGGUUAUUAUGGAGCCUGUCAUGCGAAUUGUGAUCAAUCUCUUGAUUCUCUCGAGUCGUCAGUGGUUGUUUGUCUCGGCUGUGGGCCUGUCGGUAUCUGUGCCAUUGCCACUGCUCGAUCAAAGGGAAUUAAGACCGUUCUGGCGGUAGACAGUGUCCAGGAUCGCCUCGACGAAGCUGCCCACCUGGGCGCAAUUCCACUUAACCUCUCUAAGCAUAAUAUUUUAGAAGAAGUCAAGUCCCGGACCUAUGGUCGGGGAGCAGACGCGGUCAUCGAAGUAGUAGGCAACCCAGCAGCUCUCCAGUCUGCCUUUGAGUUGUUGCGUCCAUGUGGAAUACUUUCUUCUGUGGGCUUUCACCAGGAUAAUCUCCCCUUUACCGGCCUGGACUGCUAUCUCAAGAACAUAACUAUGAACUUCGGUCGAGUCCCAGUUCGAACAGUCUUUAAUGAUGCAUUGCAAUGUCUAAUUGAGAACCAAAAAGCAUUAAGGAAUUAUGUUACUCAUGAGUUAUCUCUAGAUGAAGCGGCUAGUGGCUAUGACUUGUUUGAGAAGAGGGUCGCAAGAAAGGUUAUACUACGAGUGCAAGCCUUAGACUAG